AUGGCUGCCAAGUCAGUGGAAUGUUACUCGCUUGUACAGAAAACCAGAGCCAUUCUGACUACUGGAACAACACGAGUUUCCGUCAAAGAUGGAGUUUCUCUGAUCUGCUCUGUGGAGGAUUCUAGUGGAUGGAGAUUCCAGUGGUUCAAAAGAACCUUGGAUAACCAUAAAGUUAUUCUAGCAGAUGAUCAAAAUGGAGAAAUCAGAGUCUCACAAGGAGGCAUGUACAGCUGCAGAGGAUUUAGAGGAGAACCAGCCAUCUACUCUGAUACCAGCCAUGAAGUCUUCAUCAAAAUAACUUACAUAAAUGAGGUUGUUGUGACACAGAAACCCAGCUGGUCUCAGAUGUUCAGAGGAGAGACGAUCACUCUGACAUGUGAGGUUCAGGGAGGAGAAGGAGUUCAGUGGGAGUAUGAAUGGAGCAAACAUUGGACAAAAGUACGUGAGACAAAUGAAACAAUAUGGAGAUUCAUUGCUUCUGAAUCUGACACUGGAGAGUACAGGUGUAAAGGGAGACCAAGAGAGGACUCAUAUUCUGCCACAAAGUGGAGUGAAGCUCAUCUGUUGUCAGUUACACGGAAACCAAAAGUUCAACUGAAGGGUCUAAAAGUGAUUCCAGUAGGGGGCAGAGUGAACCUGACAUGCUCAGUGAACUCCUCAUCUCCUGGGUGGAUUUAUGAAUGGUUUCAAGGAGGGAAACCCAUCAAACAGAAGACAGCACAGGAUGCUGUUUUCCUUUCAAAUGGACAAAUCAGUGUCUCACAGGAAGGAGUUUACAGAUGCAGAGGAGGAAGAGGAGAACCAGUUUAUCACUCAGAGUUCAGUGAUUUUGCUGGUAUCAAGAAAUACGAACCAGAACCUGUCCUGAGAGUGUCUCCUCGGUGGUUGAGUCCUGGAUCCUCAGUGACUCUGAGCUGUGAGGUUGAACAUGAGUCUGCAGGAUGGAGCUUCUACUGGUAUAAAGCUGUUCCUGAUCUAUCACACAAGUCUGGCUCUUACAGCUAUGAGCUGCUGCCUGCUAGCUCCAAUGGGACUGCAGACAACUCCUACAUCAUUCAUGGACAGACACACACAGCAGGAUAUGUGUGCAGAGCUGGAAGAGGAGAGCCACACGUCUACACUCUUUACAGUCAACCUCACUUUGUCUGGUCUGGAGAUCUUCAUCCAUCAGCGUCUCUCUCAGUGAGUCCUGACAGAGUCCAACACUUCACCUCUGACUCUGUCUCUCUGACCUGUGAGGGAAACUCUGCUGAGUGGAGAGUCGGCAGCUUUCUGCUUCCUGACUUGCUGUCAUUCUGUUCUGACUGGGGAACAAUGAAUGGAUCAACAUGUCAUGUUCAGAAGAUCCAGUCCAGUAAUGCAGUGUUCUGGUGUGAGUCUGGAUCAGCAUUCAGCAACGCAGUCAACAUCACUGGACACAGUGAGUGGAAACAUGUUUGGAUUCCUGUUUUUAGCUUGACUUUCAUCAUUGGAUUGAUUAGAAACACAUGCAGAACUUGAAGAUGGAUUGAGAUGAUCAACUGUAUGUAAACCAGAAUGAAGCAGACAAUGUCAAACAUGUGCUGAUGAUCUGUGAUGAGGAUGAAUGUGGAUGUUUCCAGAUGAUCUGAUCCUGCUGAGUCCUGUCCAUCCUGUGACUGAGGGACAUUCUGUUACUCUUGGCUGCAAGUGGAGGACAGAAAAUCUUCGUUCUAAAGUGUUUUUCUAUCAGAAUGACACAUUAAUCCAAAGUGAGAGCAGAGUGGAGAUGAUCAUCCCUGCAGUGUCAAAGUCACAUGAAGGCUUCUACAAGUGUCAAUCCUCAGGAAAAGAAUCUCCACAGAGCUGGUUAGCAGUCAAAUCAGCGUUCUGGCUGGUCGGCCCUUCAUUUCCUCUUCUUUCCGCUGUUUGUUUGGUUGGUGCCGUUUUAUUCACAGUUCUUCUGUUACUUUUGUGCUUCUGCAGAAAGUCCACAGGU